AUGGGGGUUCUCAAAGAUACCUCAAAUGUGCUCCCUCCCACACCUACGAAGACUCCCACUAAGCGGAGGUUACAAGAGGAUCCUAAUACACCCCUACCCCAAGAGCAACUGACUCCAAACAAGAAAAUUUGCCCUUCGAUCCUUAGCCCGGAGGCUACUCCCAAAAAGAAUGUUCCUUCAUCGUUAGAAAUACCUGUGCCGGCGUCAGUAUACCGUCAAGCUAAGUCAUUAUUCCAGCGGGGUUCUGCGCAGAAUAUGAAAAUUGAUCACUUGGUGGGUCGACAUGAAGAAGCUCAGCAUUUAAAGCAAUUCUUUACUGAGCAUCUUACUGCGAACACAUCCGGAUCACUAUACAUUUCAGGGCCUCCUGGCACUGGCAAAACCGCUCAAUUGACUCGAACCCUCGAAUUUUAUCGCCACCCCUUCCGUGAUGACUACUUGCAAAUGGCAGGAAAGACUGCAUGUGUGGUCAACAUUAAUUGUAUGAUUGUACAAUCUCCCGAACUAAUUUUCCAGGAGAUUAUGGGAAAGUUAGUGAAGAAGGUGCAUUUUGGAAAGAGACAAACAUGCGAGCAUCUCGGAGAAUAUCUUAGACAAGGCAAGUGUGAUGCGGGUCAUCUUCUUAUUGUUUUGGAUGAAAUGGAUGCGUUACUCACUCGCGAUCAGCAGGUACUUUUUGACGUUUUCAACUUGGCAAAAAUGGCCCAAUCAUACCCUACUCAGGUCAUCAUUGUCGGUAUUGCCAACGCUUUGGACUUCACUGACAAAUUCUUACCGAGACUCAAAAGAACAGGUCAAAACCCCAAAAACUUAUCCUUCAUGCCCUACACUUGGGAGCAAAUCAAACAGGUGGUCACUCACAAACUUCAACAAUUGCCGGUUCAAUUGUUUCAUCCCAUGGCCAUCCAGUUAUGCUGCAAGAAAGCACUGCUGUUGACGGGAGACUUACGAAAAGCCUUGGACGUUUGUUAUAAAGCUGUCGAAACGGUCGAGCUCGAGUAUAAUCGGAACCUCUCGCCUUUCGUCGAUCCGCCACCGCUAUUGUUGGUCUCGAUAUCCCACAUGGCUCGCAUUUGCGCUCUGGCAUUUGGAACCCCACUGUCUCUGAAGUUAACUGCUCUCAACAUGCUGCAGAAGAUGGUCUUGUGCUGUCUUACUCAUUGCGCCGCAAAUAUCACUAUCCACGAAUUCUACGUUACCUAUAGACACAUUAUGAGUGAUCGAGCUGAGGGUGUUAUGGGUACUUUAAAGAAAAGUGAAUUUUUGGAGGUGGUAUCCGCUUUGGAAGCUAUGGCUGUUGUAAAUCUCUCAGUUAGGGGUAAACUGGCGGAGAUGAGCAACCGCCAGAUCAAAAUCAAUGUACCCCACGACGAAUUGGCAAAGUCUGUACAGGGUAUGGGAAUUCUUAUGAAGCUCUUGCAUUAA